AUGAAUAUAGUCUCUUGGAAUGUGAGGGGCCUUAAUCAUAGCCCUAAAAGAAGGGAACUUGUAGACUUUGCUUUGUCUCUAGACCCUCAUAUUCUCAUUUUGCUUGAGCAUAAGAUUAAGGAAGAUAAUGCUGAUUUUGUUGUUGACAGUAGCUUUAGAGAAUGGUCUUAUGCUCAUAACUAUAUGUACAGCAGCUUAGGUCGACUUUGGAUUCUUUGGAAGCCAUCUAUCCUUAGGUUAACGGUGUUGGAGGCUUCUGCUCAAGUCAUCCAUUGUCAAAUUGAUAAACCUGGGAUGGAUCCAUUUUUGCUUUCUGCCAUCUAUGGUUGCAAUACGGAAGUGGAGCGAGGGAUUAUGUGGCGCAACAUUUUGAAUUUUUCGAACAGAAAUCCCGAAAACGUGCCAUGGUUGCUCAUGGGGGACUUUAAUGAAACAAGGGAUAUCAGCGAAAGGAUUGGCUCCACGGUUCGCUGGACUGUGGGUAUGGAUGAACUAAACAACAUUAUUGAGGAGCUUGCAUUAAUCGAGCCUCCAUCAUUAGGCCCGAUCUUCACAUGGACUAACAAAAGCUCUGGAACUAAUCUUAGAGCAAGUAGAAUUGAUAGAGUACUGGUUAAUGCAGAAUGGCAGAACAAGUAUGAACACUACUCAAUUGAAUUCCUACUUCCAGGGGUAUCAGACCACUCACCCUGUUUGGUGAAAUUAGACACCACUAGCAGGAGAAGGAGAUAUUCCUUCAGAUUCUUCAAUUUCUGGACCUCAAGUCCGGACUAUCUACCUAUGAUUUCCUCCUGCUGGCAAAAAGAAGUUAGAGGAUCAUGCAUGUUUGCAGUAGUGACAAAGCUCAAAAAGCUGAAACAACAACUCAAGAGCCUGAAUAGAUCUCAGUUUGGUGACUUACAAGCUAAGGUAAACAAGGCUAAUGAAAGCUUGUAUCAGAUUCAACAAAAGCUGGUGAUUGACCCAUUCGAUGCCAUCUCUCGGGCGGAAGAAAAGGCACAUUUGGAGGAAUUUCUGGCUUUAAGUAAACAUGAAGAAAUUUUGCUCAAACAAAAAUCCAGAAAUCUUUGGCUAAAGGAGGGCGACAAUAAUAGCAAGGUUUUCUUUGCUUCCAUGAUGCGAAGAAGUGCUCAGAACAGGAUAAAUCAUCUCAUACUUGAGGAUGGAUCCGUUAUCUCUGAAGAGGGGGCUCUUAAGAACACAAUCUUAUCAUACUAUCAAGCCCUUCUUGGUAGUUCCAGGGGACCUUGUAUCCCUUAUGAGAGAUGGGAUGCAGUCAUCGGAGUCCUAAAAGCUCUAAAUACACCCCAGGAUCUGGUUGAAUUGAUAAACUCUGUUCUAUGCCUGGUAGAAGCUCUUGAAGAAUUCGCUACUCUCACUGGACUGCGGUUUAACCCUGACAAAUGCCAAAUAUUUUUCUCUGGGUUAAAUGAGGAGGAAAAGCUUCUUAUAUUGGACCAUACGCCUUUUCCCGCAGUUUUCCCCAUUACUGAUAGAGAAAACCCGUGCUCCUUUUAUAGCUAUUAA